GGCCGAUGGAGAACCUGGUAUUUCUGGGAAAGAAGGUCCCAAAGGAAUCAGAGGCCGCAGGGGUACAGCUGGCUGGGAUGGUGAGGCUGGAGAUCCAGGUGCGAUUGGGCCUCCUGGAGAAAUGGGCCUCAAAGGACAACCUGGCCACAGAUCACAAACGGCAUGUGAGCUUGUAAAUUACAUAAGAGACAACUGUGCCUGCAGUUCACAAAGAAGUGGAGCGUGUCCAUCCUACCCCACGGAGCUGGCCUUUGCUCUGGACACAUCUGCAGAUGUCACUCCUGCUAUAUUUGAAAGGAUGAAGAAAAUUGUAAUUAGUUUUGUGCAGGAUAUUGACAUCGCUGAAAACAACUGUCCCACAGGUGCCCGUGUGGCUGUCCUUACUUACAGUAACGAAGCUAAGCCUUUCAUUCGGUUCCCUCGCUUUAAGAAAAAAAAGGCACUCGUGCAAGAAAUAAAAGGUCUAGCUCAUGAUCGAUCAAGAAGCAUCCGCAAUAUCGGCAACAGUAUGCAGUUUGUUGCCAGAAAUACUUUUAAACGGGUUCGUAAUGGUGUCCUCGUGAAGAAAAUAGCUGUGUUUCUCACCAAUGGAGGAUCGCAGGACUCUGAUGCUAUGGCAAUGGCUGCCACACAGUUCAGUGCUUCAAGUAUCAUUCCCGUCAUCAUCUCCUUAAAAAGCAUCCCUGAGGUGAAAAAAGUUUUUAAGGAUGCAGUGGUCGUGUUGCCAAGACAACUGCAAAGGUCCCAAGAACUUUUGAGUCAGGUCCAUUCAUGCACUUUGUGUUAUGAUCAGUGUAAACCAGAUGGCAAGUGUGCAGGAACUGGCCCUCCCCCUGCCUUUCCCGUAAACCUGGAUAUUGCGUUUAUUCUUGAUGAUGUAGAUGAGAUGGAAUCUGCACAUUCCGAAAAUGUUCAGCAUUUCCUAAGUUCCAUGCUUAACGAGUUUGUGAUUUCCGAAGAGCCAAAAGCUUCCAGUCUUCAUCCUAGAGUGGCUAUUGUACAACAUGCUGGCAGUUAUGACAAAGAACCGUUUAACCUGGAGUUUGGGAUUUUGGAUUACAACGCAAAAACACUGAAAAAGCGACACAUCCAAGAGUCAUUUGAUCAACCAGAGGUCACCUCCAGCCUUGACCGCACUGUUGAAUGGAGCCUGAAACAUUUCUUCUCAAAUGAUACAAAGCAGACGACACACAGGGUUAUUUUUAUAAUACUUUCAGCCGACACAAAUAUUGAUGAGAAGAGAUUGCUGGAAAUAUCACAAGAUAUCAAAUGUAAAGGAUUUGCUGUCUUUGCGUUGGUUCUCGGAGAGCGAUCCAACGUUGCAGCCCUGAAGGAGUGUGUCAGUUCUCCUCAGGAUCAACAUUUAGUCCAUCUGCACAGAGCUCUGGAGAUGGAAAUGGAAUAUGCACAAAGGUUUGCAGUAGCCUUCCUGAAAAACCUGGAAGGUAAGUGGGCUGGAACUUUGAGGAAACUUUAUGAUAAAACGAUAAUUUAUUACCAUGCAUUACUGACGCUACAAUCUUAA